GCCAGGCGGCGCGACGGGGGCAGACUGACAGUGGGCGAUCUCGAGGCCGAGAGACAGGAGCAGGACGUGGAUGCCGGGAUCCGCUGGCACUUCCGCGUUAAUGAGGACCCCGUGAAACGCAGUACGGUGAAACGCCUCAGGGAUGACGGCGCGACGCGCCCUGGUGUGUCCAGCGAAGUCAUCGGCGGCCUCGGGUAUGCCGACGACGCCGGCCUGUGCGGCGAAGUAGAGGAAGUGCACAGGGCGGAGGGGAUCUUCGUGCAGACGCUCAUGGGCUGGGAGGAGCGAGUGAGCGCUUGCGAGUUAGCGCCCGAGGCCGCAUGCCGUAUGACGUCCGCGGACCUGGCGAGAACCAGCGGGGCGCGGUGCAAUAUCGGCGAGGUGUGCAAGGCAUGGAAGUCGGAGGGUAAGUUCGGACGUGGCGACCGUAGCGGGUUGCAGCGCCACGCGCGACUGACUAUCAUGAAAGCGGCUACGGUGCCGACAGUCCUGGCGUUUUGCAG